AUGUCUGUGGAAUUGCAACCUCCUGAGCUGGGCUUCAAGCGCCCCUUCACCCACGAGGUCUCCCAGGUCCUCCGCCUCCACAACUCCAACAGCGAUCCUGUCGCCUUCAAGGUCAAGACGACCGCUCCGAAACAAUACUGCGUGCGCCCCAACUCUGGCCGCAUUGAGCCUGGUCGCGAUGUCGAGGUCCAAGUCCUCCUUCAGGCUAUGAAGGAAGACCCACCGCCCGAUGCUCGCUGCCGAGACAAGUUCCUCGUGCAGUCCGUCGCGAUCUCCGCCAGCAACGAGGCCCCCAAUGUCACGCAAAUCUGGCAGAACAUCGAGCAGAGUGCGAAGAGCUCUAUUCAAGAGAAGAAGAUCCGCGUCAACUUCCUGCCAGCCGACUCUUCCGCAACUCCUGGCGCAGGUGCAGCGACCAAUGGCCUGUCUCACCACGAUGACGAGCCACCAGCGUACUCUUCUCCUUCGCCAAUUGCCGUAACUCCACAGCGAUCUAGCAACCUGCCCGACUCAAAGAGCCCACCGCAAGAGUUCCACCAAGACCUCGGUCAGUCACAAUCGAGCCUCGGCGGCGCAUCUGCAGCUUUCGCAAGCGCUACUGGCCUUAACCAGGACGAUCUCCGACGUCAGCUCGAAGAGGCGAAGAAAACGAUUUCGCGGCUACAACAGCAGGCGGCAGAGCAGACCGGCCUCCGCCAGCGUAAGACGGACGGACAGGCGACGUCUGCCGAGAAGACACACCCAGCGAGCAUCCAGUCAGCACCACCAGCAGGAGGAGUGCCUAUCCAGAUUGUGGCACUGCUUUGCUUGUUGUGCUUCCUUAUUGCCUAUCUGUUCUUCUAG